AAAUUGACAGAAGUCAGAACAUCAACACAGCAAGUUUGGUUUUUAUGUUGUAUUUCUGUAAAUAUUAAAUUUAUAAAACCUCUAAUAACAAUUUGUAUAUUGUGUUAAUAAAUCGCUUGUAUAUAUUCACGGACUAGCUACUCAAAUAUAGCUCGACGUGGUAAACAAAGAAACUUGUGUUCUAAUAUAACUCAGAGGUAAACUAUUAUUCACCACCACGGCGGGACGAAGUAAUAUGCGACGAGCCCGAGAUGGCUACGGCUACCAGCCCCUACCAAGGGCUCCAACAGAAGAUGUUCUGGAGCGGGACAAUGAAAGAAUGGCUGAAGAACUUAGUGGGAAGAUAACCACACUCAAGCAUAUGUCAAUAGAGAUUGGCAAUGAAGUCAGAUUCCAAGACAAAAUACUACGUGGACUCGACGACGACGUAGACAGGAGUUCAGGCUUCCUUGGCAAAACCAUGGGCAGAGUGCUCAAACUGGGCAAAGGGAAUCACAACUAUUACAUAUUUUAUCUUUUUCUGUUUUCAAUCUUUGUUUUCUUUUUACUUUAUAUCAUAUUGAAAUUUAGGUGAUUGCAAAUUAUAAAAUUGUUUUUAUUUAAAAGCACACUAUGCUCCAUUCCCCUGUACUUGUUGAAUGUAAAGGUAUUUAUUAACUUUAUGUAAAUAAACAUAAUACUAUUUGA